AUGUCUGGAUCAGAUGAUAUCAGGGCAAAAAGACUAGCUAAAUUAGCAGCAUUACAAUCAAAUAAUAAUAAUAAUAAUAGCACCAGUAAUAGUAAUAGUGGACAAUCAACACCAACCACUAAUGGAUCAACAGAAUCUGUAAAUAAUAAACAAAAUCAAUCAAAUCAAACCACAUCAUCAACUAAAAAAGUGGAGACUCAACCCCAACAAUCUCAAAAACCUGUUGCCACAGAAAAUACAAAUUCACCAAAACAACCAACAACUCCAACUUUAUCAAAAGAAGAACAUUUAUCACAAUGGAUGAUUACACAAUUAAAAUAUUUAUUCAACGUCACUUUAAAUAUAAAUGAAAAAUCGAAUAAAGUAAUAUAUUUACCUAGUUUAUGUCAUGAUUUAAAAAAUUCAAAUAAUAAUAUCCUAGAUGAAAGUUUGUUAGAUUCGAUUUUUAUGGAAAUUUUAACUGAAGUUGGUACAUUAAAAACAAAACCAAUAGAUUAUUUAUAUUCAAUAUAUCGUCAAGCAUAUAAAGAAAAAAGAUCAAUACCAACUAAAGCUCAAUAUUAUCAAGAAAAAAUUGAAAUUUUAAAUCAAAUUAUAAAAUUAGCUGUAAGAUAUGGAAAUAUGGGAUUAUUAAUACCUGAUAUGUUUUUAUCAAAUGAUUUAAAAUUAGCAUUAGAUUCAUUUAUAAGUCAAUUUGGAGAUAUGUCACCAUUUUUAAUUGAUAUUAUACAAUUUAGUUUUGAAGAGGAUACUUUAUUAGAUUUAUUAAAUUUAAUUUUCCCAUAUAUAAGUUCUAUUUUAGUUAAAUGGGAUUUUAAAGAUCAAAGAUAUUUGACUUAUUUAUCAAUAAUUCAAACUUUAGUUUCAAUAAAACCAGUUGCUGCAAUAUUUUCACAAAUUGAAGGUUUCAAUCCACCAGAUAAAUCUCAAGGAUUGAAUUUUGAAUACAGAUCAUUAUUAGGUCCAAUUUUAAGAUUAUCGCCGUUAACUGAUAGUUCCAAAUCGUACUUUGAUGAUGAUAUAACUAAAUUAUCAUAUAUUCAGUUAAAUAAUGCAUAUCAAUCUAUUCAAAAUGAAUACAAAGUCGUUAUCGAUCAAUUAUUUAUAAUUGUUGAUAAGUUAAUCCGUGGUUCAUCUAAAACAAGACAAGAUUUAUUAACAUGGUUAGCUGAAUUAGUCAAUCUCAGUCAUCUAAGAAGAGGUAGUCAUGUACAAUUCAAUACAGUUCCUGGUGACGGUAUCAUGUUUAAUAUAACUGUAAUAUUAACAAAAUUGAGUAUGCCAUUUUUAGAUUAUCCAGCAUAUGUCAAAAUUGAUAAAAUUGAUGUGGAUUAUUUCACCAAAAGUAAUUUAAUUGAUAUCAAAGAAGAAUCAAGAGUUAAUUCAACUAUAGAAGAAGCAAAUAAAUUUAGUGAAACAAGAAAAGAAGAAUUAGGAGAAGGUCAACCUGCAAAUUUCAUUUCAGAUUGUUUUAAUUUAACUUUAGCUUAUUUACAUUAUGGUAUAGGUGGUAUAUUCAUUAAAUUUGAUAGGUUAAAACGUCAAAUUGAACAAUUUGAACAAAGAAUUAAAUUGAUUGAAGCUGGCAGAUCAAUACCUGGAAUGGAAACAGCUAAUAUGGAUAUGAUGAGAAGACAAUUACCAGCAUUACGUAGUCAUCUUGAAAAAUCAAAAUCUCAAUUUCAUUGUAUAAUUGCAGUCUUUAGUUAUAGAGAUUUACAAUUGGAAAUAUUUGAUUUUAUAAUUGGAGCAACAGUAUUUAUCACAAGAUUAAUUGAUCCAAAACAUAAAUACCCACGUGAACCUUUAUCAAUACCAAUAUUUAAUAUAACAAAAGUUUCAGAAUUAGAUGAUCACGAUUUUUUGAAAACUAAAACUCCAAUACCAUGGAAAUACUAUCCAGAAUUUUUAUUAGAAGGUAUGAUCAAUUAUUGUAAAUUUUCAGCAAAUUUUAGAGGUUGUCCUUUAGUUUCAAAUGAAGAUAAGUUAACUUUGUUUAUUGAAUUUACAACUAUUUUAUUAAGAUGUCCAGAAUUAAUUGGUAAUCCUCACAUGAAAUCCAAUUUAGUUGAAAUUUUAUAUAUUGGGUCAAUGCCAAAACAAGAUGGUUCCCCUGGAUUUUUGAUACCAAUCUUUGAUAAGAAUAAAUUAGUGAUGAAAAACAUAUUAUAUUCGUUAUUAGACUUCUACGUAAUGGUUGAAAAAACAGGUGCUUCAUCACAAUUUUACGAUAAGUUCAAUAGUCGUUAUUAUGUUUCAGUCAUAUUAGAAGAACUUUGGAAUAUACCAGAAUAUAGAUUACAAUUAACAGAUUAUUCUGAAAAUAAUGUUGAUUUCUUCAUUAGAUUUAUUGCAAGAAUGUUGAAUGAUACCACAUACUUAUUAGAUGAAACUUUUAAUUUAUUAAAUUCAAUUCAUAAUUUUCAAGUUGAACAAAAUCGUAGAAGACAAGGUCAAGAACCAAAUGAAGAAUUAGGUAAUGAUGAAACAUUAAAUGAUAAUUUAGAAAGUGAAGAAAGAAGAGUUAAAUCAUUAAUUGGUUUAUCUAAUGAAACUAUGGAACUAUUUAAAUUAUUUACAAAAGAAGUUCCCAAAGGGUUUGUAUUACCUGAAAUUGUUGAUAGAUUAGCAGGUAUGUUGGAUUAUAAUUUAUCAAUAAUGGUUGGACCAAAAGCAUCAAAUUUAAAAGUUGCAGAACCUGAAAAAUAUAAAUUUGAACCUAAAAAGAUUUUAAGUGAUAUAUGUGAAAUAUUUGUAAAUUUAUCAUUACAAAAAGAAUUUGUUAUUGCAGUAUCAAGAGAUGGUAGAUCUUUUAAUAUAGAAAUUUUCAAAAAGGCAGAAUCCAUUUUAACAAAUAAAACAUUUGUUGAUAACAAAAUCAUCAAUGGACUUUCAAUUUUUGCAACAAAAGCUGAAGACAAUAGAUUAAAUGAAGAAAAUGAAGAAUUGGAAUUAGGUGAAGUACCUGAUGAAUUUUUAGAUCCUUUGAUGUUUACAUUAAUGGAGGAUCCAGUUGUAUUACCAUCAUCAAAAAUUAGUAUUGAUAGAUCAACUAUAAAAGCACAUUUGUUGAGUGAUUCAACUGAUCCAUUUAAUAGAGUUCCAUUGAAAUUAGAGGACGUGUUUGAUGAUGUUGAAUUAAAAGCUAAAAUUACAGCUUUUAAACAACAAAGCAGGAAAAAAACCAAGCUCAAUGAAGAUAUUGAAAUGACUGAAUAG